AUGAAUUAAUUUAUCAGGAACAACAAUUUGUUGGAAAGUUCUGAUAUGUAAUAUACUUUUACUCCAUUAUAACUUCGAGAAAUGAGCACUGUUAUUUUGUAAAAGCCUUGGUCAGAGCGAACCAUACAUGAUAUAUAGGUAUUUGUUUUUAAACAUUAUGAAUUUAAAUCAAACAGAUUCUAUAAUUAGCUACUAAAAAUAUCAAAUAUUUUUAGGAAAUCUAAGAGGAAUGUGGUGUUCAAGCCUUAUAAAAAUGUUUACAGAGAAUUCAUUUAGAAAUUUAUCCUGAAGUAUUUAAUUGAAAAAUAGUAUAAUUAGGAUUCAAUUGUUUUUGAGAAAGGGGAUAGAGGGAGAGAUUUUUACAUCAUUUUGUCUGGAUAAGUUGGAAUUUAUAUAUUUUCAAAUAAUAUAGAAUAGCUAUAACACAAUAAAAUUAUUAUUCGUUAAGGAAUAAGAGAAUAUGUAAAUUAACUAAUAGGACAAGGGGUUGGACCAAAUAAAGAUUAAACUCCAGAGAUAAGAAGGAUUCUUCUAAAUGAAAAAAUAAAAAAGUAAAUAAUCUUUUUUAAAAUUAGUUUAUUGAAAGUGAAUGAGUUACAUGAAGGAGAUUCUUUUGGUGAAAGAGCAUUGAUAAAUGAGACUGGUCGAUUAGCAACAGUAGUUUGUGAAAAACAAUGUUAUUUUGCAGUAUUAAAUAAGUAAGCCUACAAAGAAAUUUUGUAACAGGCUCAAAGUGAAAAAAUUCAAUAGUAAAUUAAAGAAUUAUAAUCAAUAUCAACUUUUUAAGGGAUGUCUAGAAGACUUUUAACUAUUCUAUUAUAUGCAUUCUAAAGUUAAGAGUACAAAUUUAGAGAUCUUAUUUAUAAGGAAGGUUAACCAAAUAGAGAAGAAAUAUAUUUAAUAUUAAGUGGUGAAUUUAUUGUUACAGAAAAACAGAAAUAAUUUACAUAUUAAUAACAAUUAAAUUAAACUAGAGAAAUAGCUAUAUUAUAAAAAGGAUGUAUUUUUGGAGAUAAGGAAACAUUUCAAUGUUUAUAAACAAGAACACAAACAAUUAGAUGUUAUUCAGAUUAUGGUAAAGUAUUAUGUAUCUAAUUGGAGAGCCUAGUACAAAGACUAUUAGUAAUAUUAUACUUUAAUUAGGCAAAUAAUGAAUUACACUUAAUAAAUGAGUUAAAGAAUUUAAGUUAAUUAAAAGAAACUCAUAGAUAAAGUAGAAUUUAAAAAAAGAUUGAAUCACCUUAAAGAUCAAGAAGUAUUAUAAAAUCAAACUCUCCUUUUUAGAGGAUUGAUUAAAUUGUUUAAUAAAAAAGAGAAUUAUUUAAACAAUUAAAUUAGAAUGGUAAAAAUAAAAUUUAAUUUAUUUAUGAUAUUAAUAUUCCUACUUCAAAAAAAUAAAAUAGUUAUUCAAUAGAAUUUUCAACAUAGAAAAAAAGAUCAAUUAUUGAUCGUGUUAUGUUAAAUAGUAGUAAUAAUAGUAGAUUUGGAAAGAGAUAAUCAUUAGACUAGAGUAUAACAACUUAAUUUAAAUAAAUGGAAUAAAAAAGAUAUUCAAUAAUUUGA